GUUGCAGCUCAUUGUUUGUCCCUAGUGUGAAAAUAUGCCAAAAACAGUGAAGUCCGCACCGAAGAAAGGAUCCAAAAAGAUCGUCGCUAAAACUGCCGGUAAAGGAGGAAAGAAGCGUAAGAGGUCCAGGAAGGAGGGUUAUGCUAUCUACGUGUACAAAGUCCUGAAGCAGGUUCAUCCUGACACCGGUGUCUCCUCCAAGGCGAUGGGAAUCAUGAACUCUUUCGUCAACGACAUCUUCGAGCGCAUCGGCGGUGAAGCGUCUCGUCUCGCUCACUACAACAAGCGCUCCACCAUCACAUCGAGAGAGAUCCAGACCGCCGUGCGUCUGCUGCUGCCCGGUGAACUGGACAAACACACCGUGUCUGAGGCACAAAGACCGUCACCAAAUACACCAGCUCCAAAGAGACCAAAACCUGAAGUGACUGUAAAUCCAGAUCAUCAUGUGUUCAGAGGAGAGACAGUCACUCUCACAUGUGACAUACAGAGAGAAACACACACUGAGUGGAGAUACAGCUGGUUUAAAGAUGGACACAUUUACUCCUCAUACACAUCAACUCCAGAUCUCAAGAUCAGUUCUGUUUAUGAGUCUGAUAGUGGUAAAUACAGCUGUAGAGGAGAGAAAAUCAGUGACUCACAGAGAUCAGACAUCAGUGAUGAUGUUACACUGACUGUAUCAGACUCAAAGCUCAAUCCUGAACUCACAUCAGAUACUGCAGGAGCUGCACUGACAGGAAACACAGUGACUCUGAUCUGUCACAUGACUCAGACCGCUGGAUGGGACUUUUACUGGUACAAACACACACAGAACUCUGAGAAAAAGAAGACAGAAACAAACUCCUACAGAGUCCAUAUUGAUUCAGUGUCUGAUGGAGGUCAGUACUGGUGUAGAGCUGGAAGAGGAGAACCAGUUUACUACACAAACUACAGUGAUGCACUGUGGGUCAAUGUCACAGAUCAGAUUUCUGUCUUACACACUCUCAGUUCUCUUCUGGCAGUUUGUCCAUAUCUGAUCGUGACAGUCGUGCUGGUUUUUAAAUGCUACAGAGCGAGAGUUUCAUCUGUUGAAGAUUAAAGUCAGUAUGCAGUAACAGAGGAAGAAACUUCAAUCUGAAUCUCUUUAAAAACGUUCAGAAGACUUUUCUUACAUUCCUGUUAAUUAUUUCACCACGUUUCAUUUGUUGUAUAAUUGAUUUAUCAUUC